AUGUUCUCGGAAAAAGCAGCCCAUGCGGUACCUGCUACUUCUGAAGCCACGGAUCUAGCGCAUAUCACUGAAAAUGAAGAUCAGCCUGAACUACUAUCUAGUAUUCCCACAAGGAGUAUCCUACGCGGAUGCCUCCAGGUUCUAGGUGCAUUUUUUAUAUUUUUCAACGUCUGGGGCCUAAGCUUCGCAUUUGGAUCCUUCCAAAGCUUUUAUGGACUCACAUACAUUCAAUCAUCUACUGCAUCAGACAUAGCAUGGAUCGGCACAAUCCAGUCAUGGCUUCUAAUUGUCGGCGGGCUACUAUCUGGCCCGCUUUUCGACCUCGGCUACUACAAAGUGAUGAUAUUUGUCGGAAGUUUCUUAGGCGUUAUUGGUAUGAUGAUGCUCAGUCUUGCAAGUACAUACUAUGCGAUAUUUUUGAGUCAAGGGGUAUGCAUGGGUCUCGGAUUUGGGCUGCUUUAUGUGCCCAGUAUUGCAUUGGUUAGCCGCUCAUUCACGACCAGACGAGCUGUUGCUUUGGGCGUCUCAACCAGUGGCGCUCCUGCAGGUGGCAUUAUCUACACCGUUAUGUUCAACCAGCUUAUUUCAAAGUUGGGAUUUCCUUGGACUGUUCGUUGCAUGGGAUUUGUCAUGCUUGCACUUUUCUCUGCAGCUGCUGCCCUACUUCUGGUGCCAGAGAGGAAUACCAAGAAACCCGAGAGAACUCAACGCAGGAGUCUGCUUGAUACACAGGCGUUCAAGGAUAUACCAUUUUGGAGUUUCACCGUCGCCAACUUUUUUCUUUACCUCGGUUAUAUCACGCCUUUCUAUUACGUUCCAACUUACGCGGAAACGAAACUGGGAACAUCGCGAACGUUGGCUUCUAAUAUCUUGAUGAUAUCUCAGGCAUGUUCGAUCAUCGGCCGUGUUGUACUGACCAUCUUUGCUCACCAUUAUGGGUCAAUGAUCUCAUGGAUCUCGUGUGGCAUAUUGUCAGGUAUACUCUGCAUCAGCUGGAUAAGCGCAGACAGCCUUGUUAAAUUUAUUCUAUUUGCUUCUUUUUAUGGUGGUAUUUCCGGAGCUUUGAUUCCACUUCCACCCAGCGUUUUCUCUCAUGUCUGUCCUGACCCUAAGAGGCUUGGGACAUGGCUUGGAAUGGCACAGAGCCUGAGCAGUUUUGCAACCCUGUUGGGACCGCCCAUAGCAGGCGCACUUGCUUCAAUUGGCGCCAAUGGCAGUGCUGAUUUGAAUUAUCUCGGCAUUCAGCUAUUCAGCGGGAUAACGAUGGGCUUUGGGGCGCUACAGCUGACAGGUCUAUGGUACCUACUCUACACAAAGAGAGGCAAGACGGGUCUUUUUUGA